UUACACAAAACCUUCCAAGUAUUUUUUAAAGUGAAAUGACGGAUGGUAUCGAUAUCGAGCGUAAUGAUUUAUUUGCGCAUGCGCCGAUUAUACGUUAAUAAUUCGGCGAUGGAGGAAGGUCUGUCGUCCCUCAUCACGAAAGUGGAUAGAAUUUCUAUUGUCUUACCUGAAAGGUACCCUAAAAACUGGGCGGAUAUCCAGAAUGAGGGACAUCGAAAGCAUGUCUACGGAGGAGAACUACUCAAUUUGGCAUUGGUUGUAUCACUUUCAGAAAAGAACGGUCAACCUGUAGCAGAGUCGGCCGAAACAUGGAAGGCCCUAUCCAUCGCGGGGAGCGCUGGGUACAGCACACCCGAAGAUUCGCCGAGUGCCAACAGGUCCGCUUCGCUCAGUUUCUCUCAGCAGCGUUCACAGAGUGUUGAUUGUCCCGAUCAGGCAGCAGAUGCUGAGGCCGAACGAGAUGGCAGAAAAACGCACAGUUCAAGGGGUACAGGACGACGUUUUUCUGAAAGUAGUGCUCCCCAUACAGAGAAUAUGAGGUGCCUUUCUUUUACAUCUGUACCUGUCAGACUCAAACUUAACGAGAAAGCUGCCAAGUCAAUUUCGAAAAAAGUCAAUGUAGUUCCUUGUUCUGAGGGACGAGCACUGGUUCUUCCUAUGAGUGUACCUCUUGGCUCCCCACCAGAGAAGGGCGGGGCCUUAACCUCUCACAUAGCAACCAUCAAUGUGGAUAUCUCUGAAGCCAGGGCAAGCAGUGAAAAGAGGGAGGAGGAUCGGAUAGACAUGCUACUACAGUGUUCAAUAGAGGAAGUUAUUCAAGCUGAAGAGAAACAACAUGUUAUACACAAUGUAUCUGCUGAAUUUCCAGUGCUUCCACCACCUCAGGUCAACUGUCAACAUUUCAGUGUCUCUGGGAAACAUUACUUAGUAACAAAAGUGUGCAAUAGUUAUCCAGAAGAGCUGCUAAUUCAUACUAUCCAGGUCUUUGUCAAUAAGAACAUUAAUCUGGAGUCUACAAGUUCUUCAACAACGUUAUCAAGUGAUGCUGGAGACUGGUCAUCAUUUCUCUCGAUAGAGCUUCUACCUAGUCAGAGAGAUCAAUCAUCUACCAGUCUGCAUCCUAAAGAGGAACAUACGUUUGUCUUCCAAGUCACUUGGGAUUGCUCUCUGCCUUCAAACAGACCUGAAGAGCCUGUACAGUUUCCCCUCUUUCUGGUGAUUGAGUGGAACACCCCUUCUAUGGCUAUGGAACAAUCCAUUCAAUCCCACUAUCAUAUGCCAACAGUCACAAUGGAUUUCCCAGCAUUCAUAGUGCUUGCCCAGUGCCAGUCACCUGUCACUACAGGUCAAAGUUUUACAGUGACCUACACACUUCUGAACAAUCUUCAAGAUUUCCUGGGAAUAAGUCUUAUCUGGAUACCAGACAAAGAGCCAAGAGGUGACACGUGUACUGAGAGUAGAAUAGCAGAUAGACUAGUUUGUCAGGAACCAAUAAAGCAGCUAGGACCUUCUAAGAAAGGAUCAACCAUCAAAGUGCCUAUCACGUUUCAAGCGUUGAAAGCGGGUGUUCAGGAGCUUGGAAAGUUCAUGAAGUUACGGCUCCAGUACGCCUCUAAGCCUUUAGCAAUCAGACCUCAAGUAGCUUCCCUAGCAACCCAGUCUUCUAAGCCUCCUCUCAAAUCAACCUACUCCUCAUCUUCUUCUUCCUCUUCCUCCUCCGCUUCAUCAUCAUCUUCUACCUCUUCCACUGCCUGUAUCACCACCUCUCCUUCUGUCAUCACCACAUCAUCAUCAUCAUCUCCAUCGUUACCGAUGUAUGAGCUUCCGCUUUCCUUUCACGAGGAGCCGGAGAAGCAAGUAUCCAAGGUCGGGGAUUCAAGCCCCGGCUUACAUCGUCGGGUGUUCAGCGUCGGACCUAACAGUUCCUUUGUUAAGAAAGGUGUCUUCACCAGACAGAUGUCACUGGCCACACCAAGCUCUCAUCCUAUCAAGAAAUUUUUAGCUGGAAUCCGUUCACACUCCUUUAGUGGGGAGUCUGGAAGUGAUGCCUGUCACCAUGACAACCAAGAAGAUAACAUCCAGAGAGACAGGAGCACCGGUAGUGAUCCAGGAAUCAGGCCUAUACCCACGAAAAUGCAGCACGAGCUUAGCACAGAUAACUCUGGUCUUAGUGUGGACAGGAUAGCCAAGCACAGAUCUCAGGUCUAUGUGACAUCCUGAUACUCAGGACUCAAGCUUAGAGUACAUGCAUGUGACACCCCGACUCUCUCUGUAUUAGCCAAGCACUGAAUCUCAAGUCUAUGUGACACCCUGAUACUCAGGCUUAUUCUACCUUAAGAUGGACUCAAGCCUACAUUACAUCAUGUGACACCCCGACUCUCUCUGUAUUAGCCAAACACUGAAUCUCAAGUCUACGUGACACCCUAUUACUCGGCUUAUUCUACCUUAAGAUGAGACUCAAGCGUACAGUACAUCAUGUGACACCCCGACUCUCUCUGUAUUAGCCAAGCACUGAAUCUCAAGUCUACGUGACACCCUAUUACUCGGCAUAUUAUAGCGCAUUUAAACUCUGGUGUAUUAUGUGACACCACACACUAUAUUAGCCAGAGCUACAGAUUGUUAGGUGACACCCUCAUACAUUGCUUAUUUCUGUGCCCCCAUUCUUUGGAACUCUCUCCCUGCCCAUAUUCAGGACUCGCCCACAUCUGACAUCUAUUCCAAAAAGAACCCCAAUCACUAUAAAAUAAGUGUGAAUUUGUAUUACAAUACUACAUUACGGUAUGUUCUUUGUUAAAUUGUUGCUAUUAUUAAUAUGUUAACUUUCCCAGAAAUUUACAUGUUAUGUUGAUUUCUUUAGUAAUGUUAGUAAUGUUUGAUUUUCUUGGUGAUUUAAGUAUUAAAAUGUUAAUUUGUUCAGUUAAUUAUAAUUUUUUCCAAUUAAAAUGCAUAGUCGGUCAUUUGCAAACCAAUAAGGUCAUAAUUUGGUUUAGUUUUUAAUUUGAUGAUGAUUGUUUAACCUGACUGCUAAUAAAGCUUGUGUAUGAUUGUAAGUAAGCAACCAGGAUACCAACAGCUUUGGUAGGAACUUGGGAAUAAGUAUUAGCUCUUUUCCUUCCCCGUUACAAGACCACUGCUCUACCACUGAGGCAGGGCGUCUUCUGCAGACAGUGCAAUGGCAUGUGUUACAGAGAUACAUGUACUUGUAUAGAUGUUGUAUAAGACAAGCUGUACAGGCAUUUAUGAGUAACUUUCUUGAGAAAAUGUGCAUGGAAUGACAUGUUGACUGCUUGUACAUUGUACAUGUUAAUGUAUUGUAGAGGGAUGUAGGUGGUGGUAGAAAUCUGCAGAAUAAUGUUCUUCCAGUUUAUGUUUGAUCAUUUGUAAUAGGUUUGAAAUUCUUUAACUUGUUUACAUUACUACAGAACAGGAGAGUGUUUCACAAAGACUAAGAUCGACUUUAAGUUGGACUUAACUAUGGCAGGCCGUACAUGCCACUAGUUCCUCUA